GGCCACGCCGUCCUGGCCCUCGGCCGCUUCGCCCUCGACUACGGGCUGGUGGCAGAGCCCAGCUGCCCCGAGACCCCCGUGCGCCUGCGCUGUCCCUGUGGGCCCGUCACCGCCUUCGUGCCCUGGGAUGGUCGCUGCAGUGGAAACCCCGUCCGCUUCCACAGCGUGCCCGCCUUCGCUGUCACCACCGACUUGGCCAUCAACGUCCCUGGUCACGGGAAGGUGGUGGUCGACAUCGGUUACGGUGGCACUUUCUAUGCCUUUCUGAGCGCUGAGCAGCUGGGCCUUGAUGUGUGCUCUUCGAAGACCAGAGACCUUGUCAAUGCGGCAAGUGUGGUGACAGAAGCGGUGAAGAAACAGUUCAAGCUUCAUCACCCUGAAAGUGAAGACCUGGCUUUCCUUUACGGCACCAUACUGACAGACGGGAAAGAUGCCUUCAGUGAGGAGCCCACCACCAACAUCUGUGUGUUUGCAGAUGAGCAGGUCGACCGAAGUCCGACAGGUUCCGGAGUGACAGCUCGCAUCGCCUUGCAGUACCACAAGGGACUCAUCCAGCUGGAUCAGACCAGAACCUUUCGGAGCAGUACCACAGGGUCCUUGUUCACCGGGAAGGCAGUGAAGGAAGCCAAGUUUGGGGACUACAAUGCUGUCAUUGUGGAAGUCUCGGGAGAAGCCUUUUACACCGGUACAGCCACCUUCACUGUUGAAGAGGAGGACCCACUGAAGAAUGGCUUCUUCUUCAAGUGA